CCUGUCCGCAGCAUUGGAAUAAUCCUCGCGCUCACUCUCCGGUCAUGAUAUUCCAAUCAAACGGAUUUAAAAGCGAUGAAGGCAAUUCUGUUGGGAAGUUGUUGAACAUUUGUUUUCCGAGAACAAUGGAGAAUAUGAACUCAAUGUCGUCAUUCUGCCGAAGUUAUAUCAUGGAACAAUGGUUCUUCUUUUAGAGUACUUUUAUUCUGCACCAGUCGAUUUAGGAAGAGUUUGGUGAAUGUGUUUCGUUUUCAACGGUUUCUUUGGAUUAUAUAGAUACCUGUAUAUCUUUCUGGAAUCUGGAUUUAGAAUAACACCACGGACUAUUCCGUUGACAGGGUGGACAUCACAAUUGACUGGAAUUAUUCAUCCCUAUCUGUAAUGCCUCUCUCAGUGAUGGGGUUCCUGACCUUCAAAGCCCAGUGAUGCUAGCCAUGAAUCACUACAACCUCUCCGGGCCCCCGGGGGCCCUCGACCCCCUCUCCAACCUCAGCCAGUGGGACACGGAGAUGGUGGAAAUGGAGAGUCUGGCUCACCAGGGGAACCUCACCUUGGACAAGCCUAUGUCCGGAGGCCCGAUCGCAGCCGCUCUCUCCAUGACCCUGGGCGUCAUCUCCAACAUCGUGGCCUUGUUCAUCCUGGCCAACGCCUACUCCCACCAGCGCCGACGCUCCAAAGCCACCUUCCUCCUCUUCGCCAGUUCCCUGGUACUGACAGACUUUUUUGGCCACAUCAUCCCGGGAGCGCUGGUCCUCCGGCUUUACCUCUCCGGAGGGGUGUUCCCCGAGGCGGCCGCCGCGUCCUCAAACGGCUCGACCGACCCCAUGUGCCAGUUCCUGGGUGGAUCUAUGGUGUUCUUCGGCCUGUGCCCGCUCUUCCUGGGCUGUGCGAUGGCCGCCGAGCGCUGCCUGGGUGUUACGCAGCCGCUGCUCCACUCCUCCUUAGUUACCACCACCCGUACCAAGCUGUCCCUCUCUGGUAUCUGGCUGGUGGCCCUCUGCGUGGCCCUGCUGCCCUGUUUCCAGCUGGGGUCAUACACCUACCAGCACCCCAACAGCUGGUGUUUUAUCAAGGUCUUAGCUAACGACACCCAGGAAGCGGACGUAGCCUUCGUCACGCUCUUCUCCGGGCUGGGCCUGACGUCGCUGGGGGUGGCCCUGGUGUGUAACACCAUCAGCGGGCUGACCCUGGUUCUGGCCAGGCUGAGACGGAGGCCAUCGGGCUACUCAACGUCCCACAGCCACCGCUCAGUAGCCAAGAGCCAUGAUAUAGAGAUGGUGGUGCAGCUGGUGGGCAUCAUGGUCACGUCCUGUAUCUGCUGGAGCCCUCUGCUGAUCUUCGGGCUCAUGUCGGUGAUGCGCUCCUAUAGGGGCUCCAUUGAUAAAGCUGACAUGGCCACCUACGAGACGUUGAAUUUGAUGGGCGUGAGGCUGGCUUCCUGGAACCAGAUCCUGGACCCCUGGGUCUAUAUCCUGCUGCGCCGGGCCGUCCUCCGCAAGAUCUACCUCAUCACCAAGCGCCAGGCCGAUUUGAACGGGAGUGUGCUCCGACGCUGGGAGGGGAACUCGUUUCAGAGCAAGAGCUCAGAGAACAAUCCCGUUAACAGGAUAUAAGAUCAUAACCAAGCGCCAGGCCGAUUUGAACGGGAGUGUGCUCCGACGCUGGGAGUGGAACCCCUUUCAGAGUCAAAGCUUGGAGAAGAAUACAGUCAACAGGAUAUGACUGUGUGACCGACAUGUGUUCGAGUGAAUGACAGAAGAAGACUGCAUUAGCCCGCUAAGCUAAAGCCUAGUAUUGACCAGGGAGCCAAAGCAACUCUUUAGGUCUCAGGCAAGGUUACUCAUCAUGCAGAGAGCGUGGUCCUUGGUACUUUGUGGAGGUCACCAACAGAAAAAGAGGACAUUUCUGUUAUCACGUAUAGUGAAGGAUACGAUGCUCUGAAAAAUGAGGAUUACAUGUUCUUCAGCCAUGGCAGUAUCUCUCAAUCUUCUUUAUCACAGUGACUGGCAAGCUAAGAUCAUCCUCCUUUGGAUAUCUCUUAAAUUAAAACUAGGAAUUGAGUACGGACAUACCCGGUGUCCGAGUACGGUCUAUUGGACCAGUCAGUCUGCAUUAUCCCACUGACCGAGAGUUGAGAAACACAAUACCCCACAGAUGGAGAGUUGAGAAACACAUUAGCCCACAGAUGGAGAGUUGAGAAACACUUUACCCCACAGAUGGAGAGUUGAGAAACACAUUAGCCCACAGAUGGAGAGUUGAGAAACACAUUACCCCACAGAUGGAGAGUUGAGAAACACAUUACCCCACAGAUGGAGAGUUGAGAAACACACUUGCAUAGUGAGUAGGUCAAAGGCUUGAAGCGUAUGAAAAUGUGCAGCUAUAUCAGCACAGGUUCAUCUGAGAGAUCAGAAGGUCAAAGCCAAGCUACAUAUCUUCAUGAAUAGAAUGUAACGCAUAAAAAUAUCACAAUUCAUUCAACAUAUUGGAUCUCAUUUGUGGAACGUUACAUUUGAUUAUUCUGAAGUCUGUUGGUUAAUUAAGGUUUAACAAUGACAUUUUAACAUCAUCGAUGUCUAACGAUUCCAGAACGAUUCCAAAGAAACGGAGUUGUAUGCUAUGUAAAUGUUAUGCUAAGAUUAAGAUUGCUUGUUAAGUAAAGGGAGAACUAUGAUUUUUCCUGAGCUUCUGAUGUAUAAAAAUGCUACUUCAUGUCAAAUAUUGUACAAGUUAUAAAUAUUUAUUGCUUUUCCUCAAUUCUCUGGGGACGUGUAAAGAAGUUAUGGAAUGUAAAGCAAUUGAAUGUGAUGAAAUAAAGAAGAAUGUUUUGACUGAA